CUCUAGGCCGCGUCUAGCUCUGUGGUGACGGUGGCCGAGGUGGCCGUCUGGUCUGAAAAGAGCGGCGGGAGCCGCUGCAUUUCCUCCCCAGCUACCCGGGAGGAGCGGUCGGCUCCCACGGUGACCUGGCUGCGAAGGGCUCUCGGGCAUCCGCAUCCCGCCGGAAAGCAGGUGUUUCGUGAUCCUCGGCGGCAAGUGUUGGCACCGGGAACAUCCCUUGGGACCAAAUGUGCAGUGGACGAUGCCCCUCCUAACCCCACAGAUCCAGGACGAGAAUGACUACAGCUUAGUGGCCAGCCUUGACAAUGUUAGGAAUCUCUCCACUAUCUUGAAGGCUAUUCACUUCCGAGAACAUGCUACAUGUUUCGCUACUAAAAAUGGAAUCAAGGUUACAGUGGAAAAUGCAAAGUGUGUGCAAGCAAAUGCUUUUAUUCAGGCUGGAAUAUUUCAAGAGUUUAUAGUUCAGGAAGAAUCUGUUACUUUUCGAAUAAAUUUAACUGUCCUUUUAGACUGUUUAUCUAUUUUUGGAUCAAGUCCUAUGCCAGGGACUUUAACUGCACUUCGGAUGUGUUACCAAGGUUAUGGUUACCCUUUGAUGCUAUUUCUGGAAGAAGGAGGAGUGGUGACAGUCUGUAAAAUCAAUACUCAGGAGCCCGAGGAGACUCUGGAUUUUGAUUUCUGCAGCACCAAUGUUAUCAAUAAAAUUAUUCUGCAGUCAGAGGGGCUCCGUGAAGCAUUUUCCGAGUUGGAUAUGACGAGUGAGGUCCUGCAGAUCACCAUGUCUCCCGACAAGCCUUAUUUCAGGUUAUCUACUUUUGGGAAUGCGGGAAGCUCCCACCUUGAUUAUCCCAAAGAUUCUGAUUUGAUGGAAUCAUUUAAUUGUAACCAGACGCAGGUCAACAGAUACAAGAUUGCUUUACUGAAACCCUCCACAAAGGCCUUAGUCCUGUCUUGUAAGGUAUCUAUUCGAACAGAUAACCGAGGAUUCCUCUCAUUACAGUAUAUGAUUAGAAAUGAAGAUGGACAGAUAUGCUUUGUGGAAUAUUACUGCUGUCCUGAUGAAGAAGUUUCCGAAUCAGAGUCUUAAGUAUGGCAUUCACUGUGAUGUCUACGUGAACAUUCCAGAGAGGUCACAUUCUCAUUCUGGGUAUAGUGGCUCCGUGAUACUGGGUUUUCUAAAGGGAAGAAGCAUGGAGGAGAUGGGAAUAAGGUCCAUGUAGCCUAACAGUUGCUGUGUAUUUUGUAAGCCAAUGUUUUCAUGUAGUCAUGGAUUACCCACUACUGGACUGUCCUGUGGUUCUGUCUUUUGAACUCACGGGAAUCAUUAUGAGGCAAGAUGAAUCAUCUAUUUAAGUCAGACAUUUCAAGAGUCUAAAAAUUUAAACUUUGAUAAAUCCUUACCUGAUAUGUUCUUUUAUUUAUUUACUGUUAGACAAAGCAGCAGCGUAUGGGCAUUGCUUAUUAGUUUGAAUUCCAAAGAAUAUCUCUUAACAGUGGUUCUCAAAGUGUGGCACCUAGACCAACAGCAGGAGCAUUACCUGGAAACUUGUCAGAAACUCUGGCGGUGGGCCAAGAAUCUGUAGCUCAAGAAAACUUCCCCCCAGGAAAUUCUGAUGCAUGCUAAUGUUUGAGAACCACUGUUUUGAAGGAUACUUUUUUUUUUGGUUUUAAUAGCAUUUAAUUGCACUGAAGUGAUUGCUUUUACUUGUGAUUUCUUCCCAAAUGUUCUGAAGUUUAGGCUUUGCCAAACAAGUCUGAGUAAUUAUAUGAUUUAUUUUUAAAGUACACAUUUUAAAGAAAUCUAUGAACAAAAUAUAAAACAGUCUUCAGAGUUACAGGAUUUCUUCUUAUUCUCUGGAACUGCUCACUGCAGUAAGUACUGUAGUAAGUACUUAAUAGAUACCUUCUAUUCGCCUAUAAGACUUUCUCAUCCAAGAUGUUGAAAACCAGUUAUUAAGUGAUUCUGCACUUUCUGGGGUAGUUUUCAAUCAAUUUUGAUGGCAUGUAGAUAUUUAAUAAAAUGAAAUACUAAAAUUA